AUGAAACUUUCAAUAGCACCAACUGGUCUACCAGGCCCUCUGAUAUCUGUUCUGCUUACGGUAUUCCUUGACACGGGCACCUGGGCCUCAGGUCGUGAUCCCGUGACCCUACCGGUACCCGAAGCACCACCGGCGUCAGUGGACAGUUCUAAAAAUAAAAUUCUACCAGCACGACGAUUAAUACGAUCGAUGUGCCUGUUGCUUGUUACGUAUUGCCAUCGAACAAAGCAGCAGAUAAAAAUGAUGAUGUACAUACACACUUCGUUCGGAGAGUCGAAGAAUUUAAUGUGUGCAACAUUCGUAUUUCACCUUAAUAUGGCACCUUAAAAUGAACAUUGCACGUUACUGCUCUAUUUGGAGAAAUCGCAAUGCACACUCGAACGAAUGUGGCGAACGUCAAUAUAUUUAAAGGGUAGAAAAAAUGGGUAAAAAAAGAAAAAAAAUCACUAUUCUAAUUACAAAGUGAUAAAUAUUAUGUAACACAUACGUUUUCUUAUCGAAAUCUCUAAAGUACUCAUUUCUAAACGUAAUUUGUUACGCUACAAAAUAUCUAGUUCAAAGUAUCUAUCUAAUCUAAUACUUGAUUAUAAUCAAUACUAAUCACAUCUUUGUAAUUAAUCCUUCUAUAGAAGUGACUGUGAUUGUAAAAAAAAAAAAAAAAAAA